UGAGGAGGAUUUCCUCUGUUUAGCGGCAGGGGGAAGAGCAGUGGGAUUUCACAAUAACGGGCCUUACGGACAGCACGCUGCCGCAACUGCAGGAACUCCGCUCUAACUGUCCGGUCUGGUGUGGAAAACGAUCAGUUGCUUGGCCUCCUCUCGAAGUGGAAAAGCCCGAUGGGAGACACCAGUGCAGCUGUGGCUGUUUUCUUGACGGUAGUUUGCAGACACGGAGGGGUCGCCUGGCAGAAAUGAGUCUUUUUCUCUUCUUGCUCUGUGUUUUGAGUCUCCCGUCGGUUCGCAGUAUUUGGGACGGAACCUGUCCCAGAAAAGACCCUCCUCCUGGUGUCCUGGUUUUAUCUCCGGGAAACAGGGUGGUCCUAACCUGCAACGGCCAUGUAGAGGUCAACGGCGCAAACAUAAAUAAAAAAAUAAGUUCUGUUGCUGUAACUUCAGCCACUCACAAAGUUACAACUCCCAAUGAAGACUCAAGUAAAAGUAAUAAAACCACCAUUCAGAACACACAAAGUGAAGAGCACGGCUCUCCUCCUGCUGAGGUGGGAGUUAGUGCUUCGCCAGGUGAGACUAUAAAACCCAGAUACACAGGCACGGGAUACACAGCUUCACUUACAGUCCAGCCAACCAUCACAAGCAGAGAGUUAGAGGAUGAUUCAGCCUGGGUGGAUGAAGAGAUGGACACCGAGGAUGAAGACAAUAAAGGGGAGGAACACAACAGGGUGACCAGAGGCAUUCAAUUUAGGCCUCAGUGGAAGUGGAACAAGCAGCCUGUGGGGAAGGGACGCAGGGACUGGGGAAAUAUCAAACUUUCUAAGGACGGUGCUGUCCUGUCCCUGGCCUCAGUGAGACUGGUGGAUUCUGGGAAAUACACAUGCCAUUAUGGAGACAGAGAGAUAUUUGCUGUAAAAGUCAUCGUUGCAGAUCCUCCUGAGAGUCCCAGUAUUACCUGCUACAAAAGGUCACCAAGCAGUAAAAUUCGCUGUGAAUGGCACCCCGAAAAACCCAUCAUCAAGCAUCCUAACUGUUACCUCCUACUCAGUAAAGGUCCCAGCCACACAAGUCACUUCCAGCAAAUUCCAUGCUCAUACUCAACUCAGCACUCCCGCUGUUGGUGUGCUCUGGACCACAAUGAGGAUGAGCUCAGAGUAUUGCAUAUGGUCUUCCUGUGCGUUACAAGCAUCCUUGGCAAUGCCACCAGCUCCCUGGAGUAUUUUACACCGCUGGACCUCUUAAAGCCUGACCCCCCGUCAAGCGUGUCAGUUCACCAGAAGGAGGGACAUGAGAGGAGAAUGAGGAUCACUUGGAACUUACCGGCUUCCUGGAAGGAGCGAGACAACUUCUAUGACAUUGUCUAUGAGCUAAAAUACAGACCUUUAGGCUCCUCAGAAGAGCAGAUAUGUGAAAUUCAACACAGGCGCUCAUACACCAUAACUGAUGCAAUGCCUGGCAUCGACUACCUGAUUCAGCUCAGGACCAAAGAGGAAUAUGAUGGCCAGUGGAGCGAAUGGAGUUCUCCUGUCCAUGCCAGGACUUGGACCGCUCCAGAGACUCAUGGUUCUGUGACACCAGAGGAUGAAAUGGGCUCUGGCUUUGCAGAUAUCUACCCCGAUGGUCCUACAGAUCAACCAUACUCCUCAGACAGUUCAUUUAAGCAUGUUCUAUGGAUUCCUGUUGUUUUUGCCUUCCUGUCACUCAUUUUGGCCGUCUACCUCUUCAGGCACAGGGAUAGAAUACUGUCAAAACUCCACAAUCUUAAUGUCAUCACCCAUUGUGGUGACGUGUCUCCAACUCUGCCUUCUCCUCCAUCAGCCCCUGAAGGGGAGGCCCUGGUGGCUUUUGUCCCACAGCCGUGCAGAGAUAGUCUUCCAAGUGACACUCACGAGGUGGAAGAAAAUGAGGAAGGACAACUUGCAAUGGACAUGAGAGAGGCUAUACACCUCGACAACACAAGUUAUUUCUUCCUGCAGGGGAGUUUUGAAUGUCCAGAAAGGCAGGAAAAUUGACUGUGUUGUAGGGAACCUUGUAUAACAGAUUACAAGAAAAGAGUCUUCGAGUGAGCAGGAAGCACACCCAGAAGCAAAGUGUAUAUUAUGUAUAUUCAUUCCUGAAACUCUGUAACGCCUCUGUUAGCUCUCAUGGCUUUUUAUUACUAUGAAAUGUGCAUUUAGUAGGGAUUGGAGGGCUUCAAGAGUAACAUUUCUGUCAAUCUGCUGUGUUCAACUAAUUUGUCAUCUACUGGGGACUACAGGUGAACACAAGGCUUGGGAAAUGUUCAUAUUUGUUCUCCAAAGGCUGAGAUGAGGAUAGAAAAUGUUCUUUCGUUAGGAGCCAUAAAGGAAAGUGUGAAAAUUUGUGUACAGUAUGUCAAUAUACAAAUUAGAUUUGUAAAGUACAAACUAAACAAAAAAUGUUGUCCAUUUUCUUUUUUACAAAUGUUUGUGAAAAAUGUCUUUAUUUUGAGACUGGUUUGUAUGUGUUAUUCAUGAUCAAAGCAAAGCAUUGUGAGUCUUUUGACUCUGGACUUCUAAAUGUUUCAUGUGGGGAGGAAAAUCCUAUUUCUGUGCCUUAAACUGUGCGAAAAUAAUUUAUUAUAAUAAAAUAUGCAUUUCGUGUUCAGGCGUAGGACUUCCUAAAAUUGUCAAUCAAUCAAUCAAUCAAUCAAACAUUUGUGAACGUAUAUGAGACGACGUGAGGAGAUGAGAUAAACGAAGAAAAUAAUAAAAUUAUAAUACAGGAAAAUUAUAGAAUUGUAUAGGAUUAAGAAUAGGGUAUGACACGUGUCGUAGAACGUAGGACACAUUUUGGGUUUUAAUUAAUUUGUAUUAUUUGAGCUGCUCCAAAAAUAAAAAAGAAGAAAGUGGUUCAUUCCUUUUCCGCCCUGUGCUGCCACCUCGCGGUCAGAGUUGUUAAAGUCAGUCGUUCCCAUAGCAACAGCUUUUCCACACGGUGGCGUCCACGACAGGUGACCCUACGUUUGG